AGAGAGAGAGAGAGAGAUAAAUAAAGCCAGCAGUUGGCUUAUCGCAUGCUUGCUUCACGCAAGCAGCUAAACUGAAGGGGAAGGUUUGCUUCAUCGCGUGGCUUUAAAGACUCUUUUUUUCAUUUCCACCACUAUACUGGUUUUUAAAAACUCCCCCAAAAAAUCACAAAACACCAAAACAACCACCCCACCAAACCCUAAAAACUCCCUUCCCUUCCUCUCCCUUCUCUCUCCUCCCCCUCCCCCCCACUCUCUCUCCUCUCUUCAAGAACUCUCUACUCCCCAGCCAAGCCGUAGUCAUGUGAUGAAAAGUUCGCUAAUCCAACACCAACCGUAAUUCCCAAACAAAGAUGAACGCAACCCCGAGCACCACCAGCUCCGGCGGGUCCGGCGGCGGCGGGGGCGCGAGUGGCGGUGGCGGGCCAUGUGGGGCUUGUAAGUUUUUAAGGAGGAAGUGCGUGGCGGGGUGUAUAUUUGCGCCGUACUUUGACUCGGAGCAAGGGGCGGCUCAUUUUGCGGCGGUGCACAAGGUGUUCGGAGCAAGUAACGUGUCCAAAUUGCUGCUUCAUAUACCGGUACAUAAGCGGCUCGACGCGGUGGUUACGAUCUGUUACGAGGCUCAGGCAAGGCUGAGGGACCCCGUCUACGGUUGUGUUGCCCACAUCUUUGCACUCCAGCAACAGGUGGUGAAUUUACAAGCAGAGCUUUCAUACUUACAAGCCCAUCUCGCCACCCUAGAGCUUCCAAUCCCGCCGCCGCCGCCACCACCUCCUCCGCUGCCACCUCAGCCCCUUCUAAUACCGCCUCCCCUCUCCAUCGCCGACCUCCCGUCAGGAUCCUCUAUGCCUGCCACAUAUGACCUGUCUUCACUCUUUGACCCAAUGGUGCAACCUUCAUGGACAAUGCAGCACCGCCAAUUGAUCGACCCGCGGCAGUUCGGAGGCGGCACCGUAGCUCUGGCCAACAUUCCGUCAUCGGCCGCCGGUGGCGGCAGCGGUGAUCUCCAUGCACUGGCUCGAGAACUUCUACAUAGGCAUGGGUCCCCACCAGUGCCAUGCAGUGAGGCCUCACCUAAUUUGCCUCCACACUCCUAGAAGGAAAAAUUAUUCAGUGCCCUCAAAAAAAGUGAGACUGACCCAAAUUAACUGGUACUUGACCCGGGACUCGUGAUGGUCGGAUCCCAUAUCCGGAGUUUUUUCUUUUGAACUUUCUUUUAUUUUUUCCUUUUUGACCUUUUUGUCAAGGGCAAAGCAAUUUUAGUAACUGAACUUUUUUCCUUUUUCUUUCUUUCUUUCUCCUAGAACACUAACGGUAUUCAAUUUAGUUUAUAAACUUUUAUAUUCA